UCUAGUUAUAUCCCUCUCUUUCUCUCCCACUUAAGCACUAUAAGCUGUAAUGGCAGUUCUAUUACCAUAUGUGAAUACCAUGACAGCAGGGCUUAUUGCUAUACUUUUCUUUGCUUUCUAUUAUGUAGUGAAGAGGUCUACUAGGACCAAGAAACUUGAACCACCCAAAGCCGCUGGUGGCUGGCCUAUCCUUGGUCACCUGCCUUUGCUAUCAGGAAACCGACCUGCCUUUCUGACAUUAGGAAACUUAGCUGACAAGUACGGACCAAUCUAUUCCAUACAGCUUGGACGACAGCAAGCCGUAGUUGUCAGCUCUAAGGAAAUGGCCAGAGAAUUAUUCACCACCAAUGAUCUGGCAGUGUCCGACCGCCCUGAACUAACUGCUACAAAGCACCUGGGCUACAACGGUGUCAUGUUCGCGAUAGGACGAUACAGUGAAUAUUGGCGUGAAAUGCGGAAGAUGAUAAUGGUGGAGCUGCUCUCCAGUCGCCAGGUUGAGUUACUAAAGCCUGUUAGAGUCUCGGAAACUAGAACUUUCGUAAAGGUAUUAUUCAAAUUUUGGGAAGAGAAUAAAAAUGGCGCAGGCCAUGUUCUAGUCAACUUAAACCAAUGGUUCGGGGACAUGAGCCUUAACAUGCUUACGGGAGUUGUUGUAGGGAAGAGAUACUUUGGUACUACUGCUGAAAGUGACAGGAAUGCUGCAGAGCGGUGCAAGGAAGGAUUGAGAGGGUUCUUCCAUUACUUGGGGCUGUUUGUUCUAGAGGAUGCAAUUCCAUCACUUGGCUGGCUUGAUGUUGGUGGACAUGUAAAGGGCAUGAAAAAAACUGCUAAAGACUUGAACGAUCUUGCUAGCGAAUGGUUAGAGGAGCAUUACAGGACAAGAGCUUCAGGUGAAACAGUAAAAAACCACGAGCAGGACUUGAUGGGCAUAAUGCUUUCCGUUCUUGAAGGAGUGAAUUUUUCAGGUCACGACACCGAUAUGAUCAACAAAUCUACAUGUGUGAAUUUAAUUGCAGGGGGUAGCGACACCUCUUCAAUUAUCCUAGUAUGGAUAAUUUCAUUAUUACUGAACCACCAAGACUGUCUGAAAAUGGCACAAGAAGAAUUGGACAUGUUUGUCGGAAGGGAAAGACUGGUGGAUGAAUCAGAUGUUAGAAACCUAGUCUAUAUCCAGGCCAUAGUUAAAGAAACAUUGCGAUUAUAUCCACCAGCGCCACUACUAGGACCCCGAGAGAUGAGAGAAGACUGCAUUCUUGGUGGCUACCAUAUAAAGAAAGGAACUCGGGUGCUUCCGAAUGUUUGGAAAAUUCAAACCGAUCCCAACGUAUGGCCAGACCCUUUGGAGUUUAAGCCGGAGAGAUUUCUUACUAGCCCAAAUAAAGACAUCGAUGUGAGGGGACAACAUAUGGAACUGUUGCCAUUCGGAAGCGGUAGAAGAGCAUGUCCUGGAGCAUCUCUUGCCAUGCCAAUGUUAAACUUAUCAUUGGCCACCUUUCUACAAUGUUUUGAGAUCUCGAAUCCUACAGAUGCACCUAUCGAUUUGACUGGAGAUGUUGGAUUGAAUUUUGCGAAAGCAACCCCACUUGACGUCAUAGUUUCACCCCGACUAUCACCUGAAAUUUAUCAUAUGGAAUGACUUUUUUUAUUUUUAUUUGUAUUGUCUGUGUUUUAAAAAUAAUAUCUUUAAAAGAAUGUCAGAAAUUUUGGGUAUAUGCUUAUGCAUGUUGAUUGAAUAUUGAAAUGUAUGAAUUGUUCAAGAAAUUCUAUGAUGUAUAUAUAUACAUA